UCUCCCGUCGGUUUCUUUUUUUUUUUUGUGAUUGGAAUUUUCUGUGCUGCAGCUUCUUCUUCGAUCUCUAAAUCUCUCUUCUCUCACGAGUCUCCAAGUCGCGCGCAAUUACUCUCUCACGAUCAUGGUAUUAGGGCUUUAGCUUUGUCCGAUUGAUGAUUCCUGGGUGGGUGAUUUGAUCUCACUUUCCAAGAGUUUCAGUAGAUUGAUUGGUUGAUUUUUGGGUCUCUCAGUUUUCCAAAUUAACGAGCCUCCGCCGUGUUUACUAUUCCGCGCAUCAAAAAAAGAAAGAUAAAUUCUAAACCCGGUGCAAGUCUUGAGUAGAAUAACAUCGAUUCCAAGAAACAUGGCAAACUCAUUACGGCUGUAUCUAGCAUGCAUAAAAAAUACACUCGAGGCAGCCAUGUGCUUACAGAACUUUCCUUGUCAAGAAGUUGAAAGGCAUAAUAAACCAGAGGUUGAACUAAAGACGAGCCCAGAACUUUUGCUAAAUCCUGUUUUAAUAUGCCGUAAUGAGGCUGAAAAGUGUUUAAUAGAAACAUCUAUAAAUUCACUCCGGAUAAGCCUCAAGGUCAAACAAGCGGAUGAACUUGAAAACAUACUAACCAAAAAGUUCCUUAGAUUUUUGUCCAUGAGGGCAGAAGCUUUUCAAGUACUGAGGAGGAAGCCAGUGCAGGGUUAUGACAUUAGCUUUCUUAUAACAAACUACCACUGCGAAGAGAUGCAGAAACAGAAGCUUAUUGAUUUCAUUAUUCAGUUUAUGGAGGAUAUAGAGAAAGAAAUAAGGGACUUGAAGGAGUCAGUGAACACCAGAGGAAGACUCGUUGCUACAGAGUUUUUGAAACAGUUCAUGUAAAGCCCUUGAGGUAUUAUAAUGUAACCACUCAUUGUAUCAAUCACACAUUAUUUGGUUAAAUUCCAUCUACACUUGCAGACAUUUUCCUUCUUUUUGGUA